AUGACAAUGCUUCCAAUUGCCUACCUAACGGGUUUUUACGCUGAUCGUGGAGCUCCUCCAUUAUCAUCUUCAGGUUCUUUACUACCUGAAACGAAUGAUUCAAUUCUUACGAGGGAAAGUGCAAUUUUCGCAUAUAACCCAACACCAAAUGGUCCAACAUUUGCUCAUGUAUCAACAACUUCUUCCACCCUUGAUAAUGGUGACUCGCUAUCAAACAAUGAUAAAAAAAUGGAGUUUGGAUUAAUAAUACAAACUUUAAAUGGCUGUAAAUAUCCUCCUACAGUUCGCUAUAAACAGUCUUUAGAUUCUUUCAAUUCAAAAUCUACUGUAAUGUCAUCUGAUCCAACUUUACAAGGAAGUAAAUUUAACGAAGAUUGCAUAGAUGAAUAUAAAGUGAAUUAUAGUGGAGGUGAUGCAUUGUAUAAAGACAAUUAUGACGAACCUGGUGUUUCCUUUACUAUUAAUAAUGUGUCAAUGCUAAAAAAACCCGAACCAUCAAGGCAAAUCAGUUUUAAAA